GUAAAAUUCCGUCUCUUUUCAAAGUUUGUGCCACAGCAAGUGGCGGAAUUAGUUAUUAGAGCCGUCGUUGUCAAACCGUUUCAAUAUUCGCUUCACCCAUAUGAUUAUUCUCUAUGGACCUAGGAUACAUGCAGAGACCUCGUGUCGUUUUUAGAAAUAAUAUUCUAAAUACUCGUGCCCAACUGUUGGAAGUGUUCUUUCGACGAAUUGCCCUUGGUUAUACUAGCGUGUUUUCGCUGACUGCUCGUCGUCUCAUUGAAUUCGUAUUUCUGGUUCAGGCUGUUUUCGUCCUUGUCAUUUUCAUACACUUACAUAUUACUUUUGUCAAAUCACCUAUAACAUGUUUGGAUAGUUUACGUAAUGAAUUCAGCAGUGUACACAAGUCUGAAUCAGAUUCACCAAUCAAAUCGGAGAAGACAACGAAUACAACUCCCUUUUCAGAAAAUAGUACAUCUAAACCGUCUUGGUCUUGGCUUCGAUAUGGUAUAUUACGCAUUGAAGUUAUUCCAUCUCCAGAUCCAUCCUAUUCAUUGGCAGACUCUUAUGCCAAAGAAUUUUACGGCACUGAUACUGAGUAUACUUUAGAAGUGGAUAGUGAACAGUUUCCAACGCAUGAUGCUGCUGCUGAUGCUGAUGAUGGCGAUGCUGAUAAGCAUUCAGAUAAUUCCAUGCUGAUGGUUCCUAUACUAAAAAAUUCUCAGCAUUCUGUUAUAUCUUUUGGUGGAAAAAAUUUACUUCAUGAGAUACAGAAUUUUUGGCAUGCUAUUCUGACAUUUCCAUCGCUUGCCUUUACGCAUAUUAAAAAAGAUGUCAAUUAUAUUGUCGACCAGAUAUAUAUUGAUGAAGACAGUGAAAAUGAUUGGUCGUCAUCGUCGUCAAUAGGUCCUGUGACUUCAUACAAUCAUAGGAUUCAUUCAUUUAAGAUUAAAAUUGGCCGAUUUUUAUCCAUUUUUAAACGUAUAGUUGUUGAUGUCUUUGUGUCUGUUCACCAGUUUUUCCGUGACAUUCUAACGCGUGUAUACACUUCACCAAGUUCUGCAGCAACACGUACAGACGACGACAGCUAUAUAAUUGAAUAUGCUUUAGAAUAUGGCUUUCUCCGUCUUUCACCACAGGCGCGUAAACAGUUUAACAUAACAGUGAAAUUGGUCGUCCUUGAUCCUCAAAGUAAUCCUUGUUUCGGUGGUGUUGUCAGUCGAUUUCUUAUGGAUGAAUUUUUGGGCUAUGAAGAUCUUCUAAUUGGAAGUAUAAAAUAUCUGUCUGCUACUGAAGGUCUAAAAGGCUAUGUGGUGAAUGUAAUGAAUGGACAGCAUUAUCGUCUUGUCGCUGCUCAAAUGUCAUGGUCAUCCUACUUUGCUGCUGGUUUUAUAAUGCUAUUGUUUACGUAUUGUGUAUCGACUCUGCUAAGAUAUUCCAGUCAGCAGUUGGUUGUUGGGAUUGCUGAUGUCCUGCAAAUGUUUGAAACAAACGUACCGUUUAGAAUUCCUGUCGCAUCUUUUCUGACGGUUAUUUUGGCUCUUGUUGCUAUGGAAACUAUAAUGUCGGAAUUUUUCGGGGAUUCCAUCACAGCCUUUUAUGUCAUUGUAAUUGUUAGUGUUGCUGAUCAAUACGAAGCGGUGUUUUGUCGUACUGGACUAAGCAGAAAAUAUUGGCCAAGAUUCUUCUACAUGUAUCAUUUUGGAUUUUAUGCCUACCAUUAUCGUUUCAAUGGUCAAUUUAGUGGAGUUGCUCUUAUGGUCUCUUGGUUGUUUAUCCUGCAUUCUAUUAUAUACUUCUUUCAUCAUUAUGAAUUACCGAGUCUUCUUCUUGGUGAAUGGGAAUUGCAUCGACUUGUUUCUCAUCAUAAUAAUAAUAGUGAUCAUAUCAUGAAUCGAUUUCACUUACAAAUUGCUACUCCUGCAGCGACAACCACAACUAGAGCAUCAACAACAUCAUCACGGUUAUCUUCUUCUUCUGCUGCUGCUGCUCAAAAUGACAGAAAUGUAUCUGUCAACGAAGUAGACAAUUCCAUUGAAGAAAAUUCAACAGAAUUAGACACUGUGGAUAGAUCAUCAGAAUGAAGACGAUUAUGAUGACGGUGGAUAAUAUCUGUUAAAAGUGAUACAGACAGAUCAGCGUCAAUCUUCAAAUGAUAAUAUCCCAUGCUCGAUGGAGUGAUUUCAUAUAUGCCCACGUACAUACAUACAUACAUACAUAACCUGUACAGAAGUUAUUCCUGUAGAAUCUUUACAUAUUAUAACUGCAUCAUAAUAAUUAAUAUACAGGAUUAGAAUUGAGAACCCUAAUAGAUUCUUUGGUGAAUAUAGAAGAAGAGUAAUAAUAACAUAUAAAAUGACAUCUAGAAAAUUAAAACAAGUGGUAAUUCAGUCAGCAAAGAAACUUUUCUCAACAAUGAAUUUAUUUUCAAGAGUUUGUUUUCUAAGGAUUAGAUUUGUUUUUUCCGAGGAUGCAAUAGCUGUCUAGCAGUACUCCCCCACCCCCAGCUGGUUGUC